ACUAUUUUGUAUAAGAAUUAACGCAUUUUCCUUGUUGUCUUCGAAGGUCACAAAUCGAUCUAUAUAAACUAGGGUGUAUCUGCAAAUAAAUCAUAGUUUGUCUUUUAGUUUGGUACUCAAAGGAUCUGAUAUGAAAUUUCUGGUAAUCGCAGCUGUGGCCCUUUGCGCCUCGGCCAACGCCAAAAUCAUCCUCAAAGGACCCUCUGGUAUCAUCACCCCCCAGGGCCCCAUUGGUCCAGACGGCAGAGGUGCCGGUGCUGCCGGAGGCUGGGGAGGUGGAUGGGGAGGUGCCGGAGGAUGGGAAGGUGGUGCCGGAAGAUGGGGAGGAGAUGACGGAAGGUGGGAUGGUGACGAUGGACAAUGGCGUGGUGAUGGCGAUGAUGGUCAAUGGAGAGGAGAUGGUGGAGCUGGUGGUGCCAAGAUUAUCCUUAAAGGACCCUCAGGUAUUAUAACCUCCAAAGGACCCAUUGGACCCAGCGGAAUCGGUGCUGGAGGUGCUGGCGGAUGGGAAGGUGCUGGUGCAUGGAACGGCGGUGGAUACGAUGAUGGUCAAUACAGAGGAGAAGGUGCCUGGAACGGAGGUGGUAGAUGGGGUGGUGAUGAUGGCCAAUACAGAGGUGAAGGUGCCUGGAACGGUGGAUGGGGAGGUGAUGAUGGUCAAUACAGAGGAGAAGGAGGAUGGCAAGGAGGCUGGGAAGGUGAAGGUUCUUGGGGUGGUGAUGACGGUUCUUAUCAUGGAGAAGGAGAAGGAACCGCAGCAGGUGUAAUUCGAUACGAUGGUUAUCAGGGAGAAGUUGAAAUUAUUGGUGCAAGGGCAGCCCCAGCUAAUAUUAUUCCUGCGGGAAGCACGCAAGCCGCUAGUUUGAGGGCUGCAAUUACAGCUAACAUUCCUCCGCCUGGACAUUACCAUGCCGAAGUGACCAGAUACACUAGGGUUGUGUAUCCGAAUAUCGGAAACAUUCGCACAAUAAAUGGCGAAGUUCAAGUACUCAUUCCACCCUUUACAAGAAAAUGGCAAUAAUUGAGAAGAUCGUCU